UAAUUAAAAGUGUUACCCGCUUAGCAUUUGUAUGGAUUAGCCUUCCAUAAAACUACAACUAAUGAAGUGUAGUGGGUUUCUGGUGCUUUUUUUCCUGGAAUAAAUGCCUUGAGCUGUAUUUCUCUGCUCUGCUGCAGAGUCCGACUGCGCAACUGCAGCGAGAGCGAGAGCCGCAGCGACAGUACAGCUCAGACAAAAUGCCUAUGGAUAAUUUAAUAUUCGCGCAAUGCAUCCUUUAUUUUUUAGCCUUCGUUUUUGGCUUUAUAGCUAUAGUACCUCUAUCGGAGAACACGGAGGAUUUUCGCGGGAAAUGUCUGCUUUUCACGCGGGGGAUGUGGCAGAACGAGAACAUCACGGUGUCUAAGCAGCGCUUCAUCAUUGAGGAAUGGGGACCACAGUCCUCCUGCAGCUUCAUCACCGCUGUCGGCAUCGCGUCGCUCAUCCUGUCCGCCGUACAAGCCUGGAGGCUGCUGCUCUUCAUCUGCAAAGGCCACGAUGACUCAAUCUUCAAUGCCUUCCUGAGUCUGCUCAUCAGCACAUUCGUAGUGUUUGUUGUGUUCCUGUCCAGCACAAUAGUCAGUGUGGGUUUCAAUCUAUGGUGUGAUGCUAUCACAGAAGGAGGCAGUAUGCCCAGCAGCUGUGAAGAUCUUCAGGACACUGAUCUUGAACUAGGGUUGGACAACUCUGCUUUUUAUGACCAGUUUGCCAUAGCACAGUUUGGGUUGUGGGCGGCCUGGCUGACUUGGCUCGGUAUCACUGUCAUGGCCUUUCUGAAGGUCUAUCAUAACUACCGUCAAGAGGAUCUGGUCGACAGCUUAAUCCACGAGAAAAUGUUUCUACUCGGACGCUCGUCACGCCGGCGCUCUGAUGUGGUAGAUGAGAAAAGUGGCAUGAUAUGAUCAACUCAACAUUUUCAACGCAUUGAAAUAUACUGUCAAGUAAAAUGUGUUCAUAAGCCUCUAAAUUUGGCUCAACUAGGUGGUGUUUCUCAACUUUAGAUUGACCUCAAUUGAGCUUAACUGAACCAAAUGCUUCUGAAUAACAUUUUAUUUGACAUUCGACAAUGACUGAGAACAGACAUUCACGUGCACUCAAUUGUUCGGACAGAGGUCAUAGAUCAUUUACAUUUUUUGAUGUUGAGCUUGAAACACAAGACCCUGGACAAAAUAAACAGUGAACAUCAAUAACUUAAAGGGAUAGUUCAAGAAAAAUUCAAUUAUUUUUCUACUUCAUGUUGUCGCAAACCCACAAGACUUUCAUUCAUCUUCAAAACACAAAAUGAAGAUAUUUUCAAUGAAACCAGAGAGAUUUCCAUGGAAGCCCAUUUCCACCACAGAAUAAAAAAAAACAUAAAUAA